UUGUAUCAUUCGCGAUGUAGCCGAACGCAGGGUGCAUCCAAGCGGUCUGUGAUCUAUAGCGAAACGACUAUGAACGUGUAAUGAAUUACAUGCAUGCAGAUGUUGUCUCGUCCAUUAUGUAGAAAUAUUGUGGACAACAUAAGAAGACGUUUUUGUUUUUCUCCUUCAGAUUCGGUUUGAUGCUAGUACAACCGGUAAUCAUUUACCAGCAGAGAAUGUGUUUUUAAUUCCUUUAUAUCUGGGACUUGGUUCACGUCUCGACUCUCUGGAUGGUGUGUACUUCAGGUCGCGUUUUGCGAAGGACGCUGUCCGCUCAGUACCAUUGAUGCACCCUUUCCAGAGGUGUAACGCUGUGAGACAUCUUCAUAAUCUACGAACUGUUCUCUGAAAAGGAAACCUCUUUCCUGUGCCAGGCGAUUAUGAGGAGAGAUAAGAGGUUGAACAGGGGCUGAGCUGCAGAGCUGCCUGGCAGGAGUGGCGGCACCUGGGAUGCUUCUGUGGACUUGAACUGACUUACAGCAUUAGGUCAAGCACAAUGCCCCCAAUUACUUUUCAGGAUCUUCCAUUAAACAUCUAUAUGGUCAUUUUUGGCACUGGAAUCUUUGUGUUUGUACUCAGCCUUAUCUUUUGCUGUUACUUCAUCAGCAAACUGAGACAUCAGGCACAGAAUGAACGGUUUGGCUACAAGGAGGUUGUGUUGAAAGGAGAUGCAAGGAAAUUAAAUCUUCAUGGGCAGACCUGUGCUGUUUGCCUGGAAGACUUUAAAGUGAAAGAUGAGCUGGGAGUGUUGCCAUGCCAACAUGCCUUUCACAGGAGGUGUUUGGUGAAAUGGCUAGAAGUUCGAUGUGUGUGUCCAAUGUGCAACAAACCAAUAAGAGGACCACAAGAGCAGCCACCAAGCAUUGGGACGCUACUUGAUGAGCUGGUCUGAUUGUUGAGGCUCUGGCAGACUACGCUUAAAAGACACACAGAGAAAUAAUACUUCUAGAUGCACACAGCAUCACUCUUGACUUGGUGCACCACCAAUUUAGUGCUCUGCUUUGGUGACUUUUUCCUUUCCACCUCCUUCCAUUCAUGGAUUAUCAGAUCUCAGUCUCGUAAAAGUGGUUUGAAUGUCUUUCCUUCGAAGGAGGUGUCUGAAUAGUAAGCAGCAAUGCCAGUUAGAGUUCCUGCUCCAAACAGACUGGCAGGACAACUAAUGCUAUGGCCUAUGUGGUCCUGGGAUUGUGGCCUGGGAUCAUCUCUACCUCCCACUUUUAAAUAUUCUCUCAAACCAAGGUUGGCCUUCAGCAAUUGAGGAAUUUGUAAAUCCCUAACUUCUGCCAACUCCUGAAUCAGGGGAGUUUUUCAAAGUCUACAAUAGAGAUUAAGAGUGAAAGUUCAUUCCCUAUUUCACUCACUAAAAGUUACUUUUUGUGAAGCUCAUGCUUUUGACAACUGAAUGCAUUAUGUUUAAAAUGAAAAACUAAUGUCAACUUUCACCAAGCUUUAUGGGUCCACCUUUAAAAAUUAUUAAACCUGUAAAACACCCCACCACUUGACAUUAUUGUCCAAAGGUGUGUUUUACAAAGCAGUUGACAGAUUAACUAGUGAUCCUGGCAAAAUCUCACAUGUAAGUCAAUAAGAAUUGUGGUUGUCCUUAAAUACAUUAGGCAGAAUUACUCACAAAUGGUUUAGGUGGCAGAACACACUAACUUACAUUAAAAGAAAUUAAUCUUAGAAAUUAAAUUAAUCAAUAAAUCAAGUUUGAAUUAUAUCCAUUUGGUAUGUAAAGUUACUGAAAGCAAUUUUGACUUAAACAUGUACAUGCAACCACAGAAAAGCAACAACCCAAAAAAAAAUGUCAGCUCAUCUGAUUGUCUGUCACUUUGUCUCAAUGUAAUCCUAAUUAAGUUGAUUAAAACUCCUUCGAAAUGCACCUGUGACUUGCAGACAAAAAGCACUGUGGCACCAUUCAGUACAUGGACACUGUCACAGCAUCUGCAAUGGCUCUUUAUUUUGCAUUCACGUCUACUCCAUUCUGCUGUGCAUUUAAAAUUGGGUGAGAAAGUGACACUACUGCCAGUGUUUUUGUUUCUCACAAGAUAUGCUUUCUAUUAUGUACAUAAAACACUAUGUUUUAUAUGUGGAGGCUGUUAAUAGUUGUAUGUAUUUAAUAUUGAGGUUGAAUGGGGCGUUUUGCCCUUUUCUGCAGCUGCUGUAGAUAAUAUUUUUGUAUAUAAUGCAGUUUUUUGAUGUUAAUUCCAGUUUUGACUAUUUUGACACUUUGUACACAUU